AUGUAUCCAAGCCAGGCCGGCGUCAACGCCUCGGCGUUUGGCGCCCGCUACGAACCGCAAGCGACCGACGACUCAUCGUGGGACCGCGACAGGCCCAAGUUUCCGUCCUCGCGGCAGAAGAGGGCCAACUACCGACCCACGGCUCUCCGAUGGUACUUUAUCGCCGGGCUCAUAAUCUGCAUCAUGGCCGUCAUGGGUCUUGUUGUCUGGGCGGAGCUCCAGAUGCCCAACUCGGAGGAGACGGCGACGAUUAUCGACAAGAGGGACGAGAUUGAGGAGAGGCAGCAGAAUACUGGCGGGCCGAGGGUUUCUACUACGCUUAUCGUGAGCGAGUUUUCAACGUUGGUUACUGUGCCUGGCACGACGGGCAAGUUCACCACCAUGGUUCCGACGACCACGUACGAGACUUCCUGGAACUAUUCGACGACUGUCCAGGAGGGCUCGACCAUGGUUAGCUCUGAUGUCACUGUCGUUCCAACGGUGGUCGUCACGGCAUUUGUUGUCACGCAGUCUCCCCAAGUGACCGAGAUCAUCGUCACAAGCACCAUCACGGGCGGCACUGUCAUCUAUAGCAGUGUCUCUGGCGCCGUCACUCCUCCUCCCGCGUACACCAGCCCCUUUACCAGCUAUGCCACGAUGACCAGCACCCUCACGAUACCGGGUAGUGAAGAUACAUCUUACGGCACUUUCACCUCGGACGAGACUAAAACUGUCGUCACUACGAUCGUCGAGAAUGGUACAACAAAGACUGCCUCGAGCCUCGUCACGCGACCUAUUGUCAGCGCUUUCCCGAGUACUGGGGAGACGACUGCCGCUCCGAGUGUAUAUGUUUCGUAUGGAAAGAUCACCAUCACGUCUGUCUACACCAUCCACGAUUCUACCAACGAAAAGGGCAAGCAGAAGCCCAACCAGGAAGAGAAGCCCAACCAGAAAGAGAAGCCUAACCAGAAAGAAAAGCCCAACCAGGAAGGAAAGCCAACGGCCAAACCCCAGCCGACUGAAAAGGUCAUCAACGUUGUUUCCGUGGAUCCUGACCGAACCGUGAAGAAGGUUGAAAAGGUAGGCCCGGUAACUUAUGUCACCAAGGUCCCGGGGAACGAUGUCGAAACCUUGGUCAUCUCACAUGGUCGCGAGACUAUCGUCAGCAAGUUCGAUGCUGUUGAAACCACCGUCAACGUCGUGGCCACGGGGGCGAACGGAGCAUUGACCACGAACCAAGUCGUCCAGACAAAGGCCGCCUCUUUUGCUACCUAUGUGAAGCCUAUUCCACCUACGGCCGUGGUCAGCAAGGUCGAAGCUUAUGAGACGACAGUCAAUGUUGUGACGACUGGUGCAGACGGCUUGUUAACUACGAACCAAGCUGUCGUGACAAAGGGCGCUUCCUAUGUGGUCAAGCCUGCUCAACCUACGGCGGCAUACGAGACUACAGUUAACGUCGUGACGACUGGUGCCGAUGGUUUGCCGACGACAAACCAGGUUGUCAAGACGGUCCAACCUGGAGAAAUUGCUAGCAAGGCUGAAGCAUACGUGACCACAGUCGACGUCGUCACAACUGGUGCGGAUGGCUUGCCGACUACGAACCAAGUUGUCAAGACGAUUCAACCUGGCGAAGUGGUCAGCACAGUUGAGGCAUACGUGACUACUGUUGAUGUCGUUACAACUGGUGCGGAUGGUCUGCUCACAACAAAUAAGGUCGUCAUGACCAAGAGUGCGUCGUUGGUAACUAUCGACAACGCUGCCGAUAGCGAGGCCACAACCUUUGUCAGCUCAGUUGAAGCUUUCGAGACCACUAUAGAUGUUGUUUCAACUGGUACUGAUGGGCUGCUUACGACUGGAAAAGUGGUAACAACCAAGAGUGCCUCCCUGGCUACGAUCGUCAAGUCCGCCGAUCCCUUCAAGCCCACAACUAUCCUCAUCACAAAAGGCACCGGCAAGGCCAAGCUCACAACUAUUACCUCGGACCGCAAGGAGUCUUCGACAUAUGUCUCGAUCAUCAAGGGGACCACGAGGACGUAUUCGAAAACGACAACCGUUAAUCCAACCACCACCGAUGACUCUUCGGCUGGAGAGACGGACGGGGGUGAAGAAAAGGAGGGAACUGUCAAGACGGUUGUGACGGUGUAUGAACUCGAUGCUGGGAAAUACUUUUUGGGCAAGUUUUUGCCUGCAAUGUUGGCUGUGAUGCUUUCUAUCCCGGCGCGUGUCAUCGACCUCAACGCUCAGCAGUAUCAGCCAUUCUACGCCUUGAACCGACCCAAUGGUGCCAUGGGCCCUCUGUCGAUGAACCUUCACUUCAGCGGUUUGACUGGCUUCUUGCAGCCUUUCAAGGUGCUUUCUAACGGCCACCCCGUGCCCUUUAUCACCAUGCUCAUCGUCUGGUGCUCUGCGUUACUGGCCCCCACUGCCGUCGAGGCCAUCGGCUUCAAGAUGCACGGCAAGUGCAGGAUCAACGCGUAUGAGGGAUGUGCCCCAGCUCUGGGAGUAUCUCCACAGCCUACUCACUUGCUUCUCGCACUCUUGGCCUUUACAAUCGUCCUCCUCUGUUGUCUUCUCUUCUUCUUACGCAACUGGGACACGGGCUUGUACGCGAACCCCUGGAGCGUCGCUGGCAUUGCUUCGCUGGCGUCUAACCGAGAGAUUCGACCGAAAAAGGCAUCGGAACACAAGAUUGCAAAGGAAAUGGCAGAGAAACGAUAUGGAUUUGGACUUUUCGAGAAUCGUAUGGGCCAGACUGAAUACGGUAUCGUCUUAUACGACGACGCGGGUGCAAAUCUACACGACGAAGGAACAGUAUCCGACUCGAACUCUCUCGACUCGCACACGGCAGUCGGUGCCAAGAAGCGAAGACGGAAUCCAUUCAUGGUCCUGGGACUUGCGUGGCGUCUCGUCUUUUUGGUUUUUCUGCUAGGCUUGAUGGCUUUCCUGCUCUACUACCAUCUCACACUCGACAAGCCGUUGGCGUCGUUUAGGAAGUUUAUGAACAGCCAGACUUUUGGUGUGAGGUUCCUGUUUGCUACUUUCGGCGUCAUCAUCUCGUUUAGUUGGACGGCCUUCUUUAACAGCAUCGCCAUGAUUGUGCCUUACCAGGUCAUGUCUCGCGGUCCUCAGACGGCCGCCAACUCGGUACUUCUCACUCGUCCGACAAACGGUGUCUCAGGCUUCUGGUCGGCAAUCAAGCAUGGGCAGCUGUUCCCAGCCAUCGUCGCCAUCAUGAACAUCCUAUCCGAGUUCAUGCCGAUUCUUCUCUCCAACAUUCCCUACUCCCUCUCGCAGGUCAGGAUCGCGCACGACAUCUGCACACAACUCUCGGUGGGCAUCCUGUCAGCCAUGGCCCUCACCAUUAUCAGCAGCUUCGUGGUCCGCUGGCCAGACAUGCCGGUGGACCCUCGCUCUGUAGCCGGUGCGAUGUACUACGUCAGCGAGAGUGUCAUGGUGGAUCAUUUCAGUGGCAUGGCAAGCAUGGAUAACAAGGAGCGUGAGAGGCGUAUCCGGGACCUCGGAGGCACGUACAUGUACGGCGAGUUGACGACGCGGAUGGGCGAGAAGAGGCCUGCUGUUGAGUGGGAUGACCGCACUCUGGGGAUCAUCCCCACGGCACCACAGCAUCCGAUGGAGGGUGUGCAUACGAGGGAGGACACGCAUGAGAGAUUGGAGGGUGUUGAUACGGCGUAUCAUGGUUAUCAGGGGGGGAUGGUGCAUACUUGA